CGGCAAUUUGAUCUGCUGACAAUCUCCGCUAGCGAGCCUUAUAAAGCCGCAACAGUCGGUGUGCUAGAAUCAGAAAUGGCUUCCCCUUCGUUUGGGUACCUGUUGGUGCUGGCAACAGUCCUCCUUUUCAUUAAUCCUAACGAGGUUGGAGCGAAAAGAACACUGAGGCUGUACAAGCUGGAGAAGGUGGUCGAGAAAAAAGAGGACCUGCAAAGCCAUCUGCGGAUCGCCGAGUUUGAAGAGGGUGUGCUGAAAGUAAGCGGAGAUCUGAAACAACAUGUAACCAUCGACAACGACUGGACGAUACACUUUACCAUCUCACGAGCUGACGGACAUGAUGAGGAGUACGAAGAAAUCCUGGACUUGCCCGAUCUGGGAGUUUGCGACGUCAUGAAGACCUACUAUAAGGAGUUCUUGUACAACGAGCUCAAGGAGUACUCGAAUGCCCCGCACCCUAACACCUGUCCCCUGCCUCCGGAGCACUAUCAGCUGGAGGACUAUCCAAUGGACGUGCACCUGUUGAAGAAGCUCCUUAUACCCGGAUACUACCGUAUUACCUCUAGGCUUCUACACAAUGACCACAUCAAGCUGGAAUACAUGGCAGAGCUGGAAAUGAAGGAAUAACCAUUGCGUAUAUGUAUACUUUAUAUUUUUCACUUGUUGAAAAUUAACCAGUACAGCAUUGGCUUCAACAUCACGUUGUUUAAAUACUUCGGGGCAACGUUAUCUUAAACUUGAUUUUAAACAUUCUUACUUUUCUAAAAAAUAAAAUAACCAUCGGCAAUACUUUGAUAUUAAGUGAUGUAAUAUAUAUACUUAAUAUUUCCCACAUUGAAAUGUGUAAGUUUUAAAACGUGAAGACCUCUAUAAUAUAUUUUCCUCUGGAGUAAAUAAAUUGCUUAUCGAGUAAGUCCCUUAUGGGUUAUCCGAUAAAUGCAAGCUGACUCGCCUUGAAACCCAACUAAUAAAUCAAAUAUUUUUCAUCGAUAAAAAGCAA